CACGACAGAAAACAACACAGAAUGUCUCGACUGGAGAUAAUCUUUAUGUUUGUGCUUCAGUUUCAAGGCAUCACAGGAGAAUCCGUCAGUCUCUUUCACAGACCUGGACAUGAAGCCCUUCUUCCGUGUGACACCUGGUCAGUGUAUGGUCCGUCGUGCUACAGAAUACACUGGUUACACGCAGAUCGACAGCUGCAGACAGCGACUUUGGUCGAGAAAGGAAAUGUAGUGAAGAGAAGAGUUCAAGCUGCGAGGCUGCACCUGAAACCCAACUGCUCUCUGCUCAUCAGCAACGUCAUGGCCGAGGACGCCGGUCAAUAUGGUUGUCGACUGAAUGGAGACCCUAAAUCAGACCAAAGUGUGUUUCUGAACAUUUUGACAAUCUCUCCGUUAGAACCGGAUCCUGAACUAAAGAGCAGUGGUAAUGUGACGCUCCAGUGUUCUCUGUUAUCACACGUCGGUUUCUCCUGUGGGGAGAAGAACCUCCGCUGGUUGGACGAGGCAGGGAACGCACUGUUUGGUGAAAGUGUGGAUCACAGGGACGAGUGUGUCUCUUAUCUGACUGUGAGCCGUCAUCAGAACACGAGGUACACCUGCCAGUUUGUUGACAAGAACAACGAGCUGAAGAUAGAGAGCGACUACAUGCUGGUUUCCAAGGGUAACAAACGAUUUCAAGAUAACCUGCACGCCAUUGUCGGCGUCGCGGUCGCGUUGGUGCUGGUGCUGCUGCUGGUCGUCAGUGUGGUUGUUCUCAUCAAGUGCAGGGAAAGAAGCAAACGUAAAGACGGUUCCUAA